CACGCACGCACGGGGAUAGUGGGGAAACGGACGAGUCGAUUUUACGAGAGUAUUCUUCGUGACGGUUUUGCGUAUCUUUGUUUAUCAGCUGUAAAAACUUGGUAUCCGCGUCCAAGGUCAAGGUGACACACGUCACAAAGGGAACGGAGAAAACGGAGCGAAAUCGCUUGGUUUUAACGGACUGUACGUGAAAGCGGUCGUCGUCGUCGUGCGUCGCGUGUUUCUCGCGCGGAGUGUACCGUAGAUGCAUGCACUCGCUGCGCACGGACGAACGUCACGGCGAAUGACAUUAAAUUUUCCAGUUAAAAAUUCGUGACGAACGAAAAUAGGGACGCGUUACUCCCGAGCUGUGUGCACGUUGACAACACUUCGCGUUACAUGGGGCAUUGAACGGUAAAGGAAACAUCAUGAACGUAGACAACGACUUGGACCAGCAUUUGUUGCGCCAGUUCAGCUGUCUAAGUACCACCGAUAAGGAUGAUCUGGUGAAGCAGCUGCAGAACGUGGUGGCCUGCAGCCAGUUAAACGAGGCGACCGCCAGGUUCUUCCUUGAUAUGAAUAACUGGAACCUCCAAGCAGCUAUAUGUAGUUACUUUGAUUUUGAAUCGCCAGGCGUUAAACUGCCGUGCAUGACGUUGAUAUGCGACAGUACUAUUGGUAAUGGGGAAUCAGUACCACCGGAUACUAAAUUUCGAAAGUCAUGGCGUGUGCAAAACAGUGGCACAGAAGUAUGGCCGGAUGGUAUCUUUUUGCAGCACACUGGAGGAAUAAUAAUGGGAUGUACAAGGGUACCGGUUCCACCCUUAGGUCCUAAAGAGACGAUAGAACUAGGUAUUGAUCUAGUUAGUCCUCCAGUUCCCGAUGUGACCUAUCAAAGUAAAUGGAGAAUGAAAACUUCAACAGGUUCUUAUUUUGGUGAUAUCAUUUGGGUGAUUAUUACAGUGAGUGAAUGUGGUACCUUAGCAGUUACUCAGCAGCUACAUCAGUUAAGUACUUCACAGUCUAAUGAUGUACAAAUGUGUUAGCCCUUGAUAUCCGGAGACUUCCCUUAAAUUUUUUUCAUUUUUAAAAUAUUUUUUGAUUAUUUUCAAUCAAGCAAGCGAACACACGAUUUAUUCAUUAAAAGCUGCUGCUUUAAAUAAUAGGAAGUAUAUAUUUUCUGCUACAGAUGUAACAAUAAAAAAUAUUUCCAGCAGAUGUUUACAUGAUUUAAGGAAGUACUGGAUUCAAAUACUUUAUAGAGAUAAUUGUAAUUUUUAUUAGAUUCAAAAGUUGUUUACAUAAGGCCUUUUAACGUCCAUGCUUGUCAGUUACGUCAUUGAAAUAUUCUUUGUUUCUUUGUGAUUGUAAUACGUGUUGUGGUGAAAUACUUACGAUUUUCACUUACGAAACUUAAAAUUGUAACGGACACGUAUGGACCAUAUUCAAGACCGGUACUGAAAGAAAUUGAUAUAUAUGUAUGUAUGUAUAUAUAUGUAUAUACAUAUAUAUAUAUACACACACACAUAUAUAUAUAUAUACAUAUAUAUUAUAUAUAAAUAUAAAUAUAUAUACAGGGCUAAGUAAUUGAGACAGGCUAUAAUUUCGUUACUGCUGAAGUUAAAAAAAUAUCAUAAAGGAAAGCUUUGCACUAUUCGACAGACUUUAUUGUACCGCUAUACUACUUUUUUUUAUCAAUACAUUCAUGUAGUUAUAAACUGCUGCUGCACUUUUUUUUAACGAAACUCUGGUUUUUUUUACGUAAAUCGUUAUUUUUAAUAUUUACUGAAAGUACGCUGUUAAUAAAUAAGAUAGUAGGGUAGUGAUCCAAAUAUAACAAAGUAUAUGCACAAUGCUGAAUAUUCACAAUCAGAUAUCUAAAACAAAUACUUAAUUUUCAAUGAUAGUAUCUUAAGCUUUUCUUAUGUAAAAUAAUGCAAAGAAAUUUUGUGAAAAAAUAUGGUUUCAUUUUUUAAAAAAUGUGCAGUUGGACUUUGCAAUUGUAUCAAUGCAUUUCUGACAAAAAACUGGUAUUGCACUACGAUAGAGCUUGUUAAAUAGGGUAAAGAUUUUCCUUUACCAUUUUUUUCAAACUUCAAUAAGAACAAAGUUUUAGUCUAUUCGAGGUACUUAGGUACACCUUGUAUGUAUAUGUACAAUUAUUAAGAUACGAGUUUAUUAAAAACAUAAUUUUUAUUAGGAAAUAAAAUAUAGAUAUGGUUAGAAAUUGUGAACUUGAAUUAUAUGGAUUCAAUCAUUUGAAAUUGUAUUGGAAAUGUUUACUUUUUCAACAUCGAUUCUGUUUAUCAGAAAAUGAUAUGCAAUAGUCGUUUAUCUAAUGGUUAAACCGCCAUCGCCAUAGUAAUUUUCGCAUGUGGUUUGUAACCGAUUAAUUCAAAAUCUUCCGCUACAAAAUCGUCGAUAUUUUCAACGUUCCUAACAAUUUUUAAAUGUGGAAACGGUUUCGGCUCGCGUCCUAUCUGUUCCUUAAGCGCGGAUAUAUGAUUGAGAUACACGUGGCAGUCACCCAUUGUAUGUACAAAUUCACCUGGCUAAGAAUAAACAAGAAAAUAUAAGUUUCAGUUGAAAAUUCA